AUGAUGAAUCUUUCUUCGCACUUCAGUCAGAACUGGAAGUAUUGGAGAAGCAGAUCCACGAUCUACUCGAGAGGCAAACACGUCUGCGAGAACGUAAAACGGCGAUGGAAACAUCCCGGGCUGACGCUCGCAAAGCUGCGAGCCCAGGCUUCAAGAUCACGACGAGCCGAAAUGAACUUCACUCCUGCACCUGCACACACACGGCGGAAGGCGAAAUCCAGGACCGGAGCGAUGACCUCUCCCCCACCGCCGCGACCGGUCUUCGAGAUUUCUACGAGAAAUCGCUUUGCCGCCCUCUGCGAGACGAAAUCCAACGCUGUGGUCAUCGGAGACUCAAUCGUCCGGAACGUACGCGCCUCCUUCAAUGAAGGUAAGGUGCGCACUCACUGUUUUCCUGGCGCCCGUGUUCUCGAUGUGUCUGCGCAGGUAACUGCGAUUCUGAAGGAGGAUGCAAGAGUAGGAGCCGUAGUUCUGCACGCGGGGGUGAAUGAUGUGAGAAUGCGGCAGUCGGAGAUCCUGAAGAGGGACUUCAGGAGUCUGGUCGAUACUGUUCGCAACGCAUCGCCCACAGCGAGGAUCAUCGUAUCAGGGCCGCUUCCAACUUACCGACGAGGGAACGAAAAGUUCAGUAGACUAUUUAUGCUUAAUAAUUGGUUAAUGUCAUGGUGUAUUGAACAGAAGCUGCUCUUUGUAAAUAAUUUUGAUCUGUUCUGGGAGCGACCUAGGCUUUUCCGCCCCGACGGGCUGCACCCCAGCAGCAUUGGAGCGGAAAUUCUGUCUGACAACAUCUCAAAGACGCUACGCACCAUUUGA